UUUCAGAUAAAAAUUCAUUAGUUUUACAAGAAGGGGAUAAGAAUAUAAUGAAAAAUAUUAAAAUGCCCAUAAAAUACAAACGAGGAUCAAUACACAAAAGGCCUAAAAAAAUGCAAAAAAAGAAUUUUUCCCAAGCUAAUCAAAAUAUGACUGAAACAAUUAACCUACCACAUUCCAAUACAGAAAACACUCAACUAUAUGCAGUCAAAUUAUCUUCAUCUCAAAUUAUUUCAAAAAAUUUGUUAGGCACUCAAGUUAAGAUACCAGAGAGCCCUCAGUCAAAAACUAUUCCAGCUACAUUCGAAUUCUCUUCAUCUCAAAAUAUUUCAAAAAAUAUAUUAGGCUCUCAAAUUAAGCUACCAAAUAGAACCAAAUACAAUCUAAUAGAGCUUCCAGAAAACAUAACAAUCAAGAUUUCAAAAACCUAA